AAAUGAACUAAAUACAAAGAAGUGUUGUGUCGGCAAAAAGUGGCUGCAAUAACAAACAGUGAAGAUUGCAUAUAAAUGAAUCUCAACUAACGUGCGCUCCCUCUUCAUCACCGUUGCAAUGGAUUGCAUUUGUUACUAACGGCUGUUGAAUACUGCCGUCAACUGAAAUUGGCGCCAAUUUGCCAUGUCAAAACAUUGUGUCAAAUUGAUAGUUAUUGUGACUGAUCUGCAGAUUCUUGACUGACUUUUAUAUUCAAACUAAUUGCGGAAUAUACUUUAUAAUAUGGACAAUUAGUAGAAGUCUUUAAUUUUAAAAACAGUUAUAGAAUUUAAGAGUAAGAAUGGUUCGACGAAAAGCUGCACCGAGUUCACACACUCAACGCUCUCAAUCUGACAAAUUACCUGGCAAGGAAAGAGUAUCUAGAACAGUGCACAAUGUUUCAAGACAAAACCGGGUGAUGCAGGAAAUUAAGCAUUUGAGAAACACCACAAAUUUCCUCAUACCUAAAGCGAGUUUUAUGCGUGUAGUUAGACAGAUCUUCCUUGAAUUAUUUCCUAGAAAAGAUGUUAUAAGGAUACAAGCUCUAGCUCUUCAAGCCUUGCAAGAAGCGGCAGAAAUGUAUGUAACACAAUUUUUUGAGGAUGCAGUGCUAUUGGCAUACCAUGCUAAACGAGUCACACUCAUGCGAAAUGACAUGAUUCUAAUGCGCAGACUGAGGGGCCGUAAUGAUAUCAUUAACAGAUAAAAUACCCUAUAUUACAUAAAGUUAAUUUUAAAAAAGAAAUUAAUAAAUGGUAAUAUUUUUUUAAAACAAAUUUUAAAGAAAAUGUGUGGAGG